CACUUCUUCUGUGUAUUGUCUGCUCUGUAGUUGGACAGUUCCUUGCCCUUGACACUAUUUUACGAGUGUUAGAUACCUAACACCAGGAACCAUGGGCAAGCCCGUUAAGGCGUCGGGCAAGGAGCUGAAGGCCAAGCAGGAGGCGACAAAGCUGGAGAAGAAGAAGGUGCCCGAGCCUUCUGACUCUGACGACUCCGAGUCUGAUGACUCCGAGGACUCGGAUGAUGCUCCCGCGCCCGUGAAGAAGGGCGCGGCGCCCGCGAAGGCGCCUGCCAAGAAGGUGGAGUCUUCCGAUGACGACAGCGACAGCGACGACGACAGCGAGGAGGAGGAGAAGGCCCCCGCCAAGAAGGCUGCUCCUGCCGCCAAGGCCAAGGCUGCUGAGAGCAGCGACGACAGCGAUGACGACGAGAGCAGCGACGAGGAGCCCCCGGCCAAGAAGGGCAAGGCCGCCGCUGCCCCUGCCGCCAAGAAGGCCGCUGCCAAGAAGGAGGAGUCUGAUGACAGCGACGACGACAGCAGCGAGGAGGAGGAGGCCCCUGCUAAGAAGGCCGCCCCCGCCGCCGCUGCCAAGAAGGCCCCGGCCAAGAAGGAGGAGUCUUCUUCCGAGGAGGAGAGCGAUGACGAUGAGGAUGAGAGCAGCGAGGAGGAGGCCCCCAAGAAGGCUGCCCCUGCUAAGAAGGCGGCCAAGGAGUCUGACAGCGAUGAUGAUGAUGAGAGCAGCGAGGAGGAGUCGGAUGACGAUGAGGAGAUGGAGGAGGCUAAGCCCGCCAAGGGCGCCGCUGCCGGCGACAAGCGCAAGGUCCAGGAGGAGGACGAGGAGGAGGAGGAGGAGGCUCCCAAGGCCGCUCCCCAGAAGAAGCAGCGUCUGGAUCUGGAGGGCAACGCCGCGGCCACUGGCGGCGAGAGCAACACUGUGUUUGUUGGCAACAUGAGCUGGAACACCACCGAGGACAGCCUGCGCGAGCACUUCAAGGGCUGCGGCGAGAUUGUCCACGUUCGUCUGGGCAUGGACCCCAACACUGGCCGCUCCAAGGGCUUUGCCCACGUGGAGUUUGCGGACCCCUCCCAAGCCAAGAAGGCCACCUCCAAGGCCGGCAGCGAGCUGGACGGCCGCAACAUCAAGGUGGAGGUCGCGGCGCCGCGUGCUCCCCGGGAGAGCUUUGGCGCUGCUGGCGGCCGCGGCGGCGGCGACUCUGACGGCACCACGGUGUUCGUGAAGGGCUUUGACACCAGCUACGGCUCUGAGGACGAGAUCCGUGAGGCGCUGCAGGAGACCUUUGGCUCGUGCGGUGAGAUCAAGAGCAUCCGCCUGCCUUCGGACCGCGAGGCUGGCACCCUGAAGGGCUUUGCCUACAUUGAGUUCGGCUCCACCGAGGCUAAGAACGCCGCUGGUGAGCUGGACGGGACAGAGGCGGCCGGCGGCUACCUGAAGGUUGACAUCAACGUGCAGAGGCGUGACGGGCCAGGCGGCCGUGGUGGCCGCGACGGCGGCCGCGGUGGCCGUGGCGGCGGCCGGGGCUUUGGCGGUCGCGAUGGCGGCCGUGGCGGUGGCCGGGGCUUUGGCGGGCGUGACGGCGGCCGCGGCGGCCGUGGCGGGAGAGGAGGCCGUGACGGCGGCCGCGGCUUCGGUGGUCGCGGUGGCGGCCGGGGCUUCGGUGGCCGCGGUGGCAUGCGGAUUGACUCCGGUGCCGGCAGCGGCAAGAAGAUGUCGUUCGACGAUUAGACGAACAGUGGAUUAGUUCGUUGGCGCUGAGAACUCGAACGAGGAAACGAGGACCACCACCUUGUUUACGGUGUCAAUGGACGGGUCUGCGCUCGUUGGGGAAGUGAGCCCUGGUUUUGGCCUUGGAAAGGGGUUAGGGGUAUAGGGGUGCGAAAUGGGUCUUGUUUGGAGGCAUCAUGCCUUUUUAUUACACAGUACUAGAAAUGCGCUUGUGUUGAAAUGUGGUGGUACAGUUUAGGGAGAUACCUUGCACGUAACUCUUUACUUGAUAGGCUACAGUAGACUAUCGGCGCAUGGCGCAUGGACAGAACCGUGGAUUCAGGCGGAGCGGAAAGGUUUCAUGACGGUUCUGAAUUGCCUCAAUUGUACAAGGUUUGUUUUGUUUAGUCAACUUGGUUUUUGUUUCCGUUGGCGGGCAUCGCUUUUGUUCGUCGGCGACAGCCACCGUGAGCUCUACUGGUCUGUCCCUGCCAGGGGGUAUUUCACGAGCAGCCGGGUCGUGGAGGUGUGGGUGAUAAAAUGGUUUGUCGUUGGGCCGUAAAGGCUCCCUUGGUGCAAUAUGACGGAAUUGCAAAAGUACGGGUGUCGUACACGUGCAGCAGAACUUGAUGAUUUAACAUGGCUAGCGAGUGAGCGCUGCGGAGUGCUUCUCCGAAAGACCUGAAAUGUCUUGUCCUGAUGUAACGUGACCUGCUGGUA